AGCAUUGCGGCGAGAGAAGGAGCUGCUGGCGGUUAUUCUGUGGAUCUGGGUUUUACGUGUUGCUGGAGAGCUCCUUCGGAAGCACUCAUUUAUUUUUGUCAGCUGACAUUAAAGCUCACCUCUCUCAACAUGGCACCAGAGCUCCCAGAGACGGGACAGAACUGGGCUCUGACUGGAGCUGCCGGCUGGUGAUUUUCUCAUUUAGUGAGCAGAGAGGUCAGAUUAACGAUAGUCUGUUUAUGGUACCAGACACUGACGCAGACGCGUGCUGUGAGCUGUCAGAGGGAGUCGGUUGUGUAGCUUUGGUGGUGAACCAGCAUCAUGACCAAAGAGGAGGAGAUCCCAGACUGGGUGGGAGCAAAGGAGUUCUACGAUAAGUAUGAGCCCAAAGAGAUCCUGGGCAGGUAGGUUUGUAAAGAACACGCAACCCGUUAUUAUAGAGAGAAACCAAAAAAGUUAGAUAGUUAUGUGAGUUUUAGUUUUCUUUCUUUAGACCAGGAGUGUCCAAACAUAAAUUCAAGGGCCAAAAUCCCACAUAAUUAAGUAAUUGCAUUAAAAUGCAAUAAUUUAUUGAAAAGAACAGUAAUUUGUUGUUUUUUUUAGAAAAAUGCGUGUAAAACUUGUUUUCAUUUAUUUAUUUGUAAAGCCCACACUGCCGCCAAUCAAGGCUGCCCAAAGUGCCGAACACCAACAAUGCAUAUAAAAUCAUAACUGAACGUGAAAUAAUAAGAGUUUACAGUGAAUAAAGAGAUCUGAGCUUGUGCAAUGACUAAAAAGACAGGUAGACCUAAAAACACCUAAAACACAUAGCACACAUGUAAACCACAAACAAACAGGACAUAUUGUGACAGGGAGACAAAUAGGACAGAUGACCCUGCUGCAUCUAGAUAGAAGGCCAAAACCGUCUUCGGCUAAGAACUCAUUCCAGAACUAAGAGCUUGUUCCACAGUUUAGGCGCCAAAACCGAGGACGCUCUUUCUCCUCGUGACGUGUGUUUAGACCUUGGAACAACCAACAAGUCUUUGUCAGAUGAGCAGAGGAAACGUAUCGUUUUAAUAGCUCUGCAAUGUAAGGUGGGGCAGUCCCCAUAAGAGCAUGGAAGACAGUGACCAGAACCCUAACUGCUACCCGAUGUUUUACAGGAAGCCACUGCAGGUCAUCCAGGAUCGGGGAUAUGUAGUCCCACUUUCUUAGCCCGUAAACGAAUCUGGCUGCAGCCUUUUGCACCAUCUGCAGCUUAUUGGUUGCAGACUGUGCUAGACCUGCGUAGAGGGAGUUACAAUAAUCGAGUCGAGAAAGAACAAAAGAGCACGUUACAAUCUACACGUCUCUUUUCAAGAGCCUCGACUUAUUUCUUGACAGCUGACGAAGUAAAAAAAUAAACAAGAUCUGAUAACUGCGUUCAUCUGUGAGUCAAACGACAAGGAGUCUAAUUUCACCCCCAAUUCAGCAAUCGCAUUUUUUCUUAGUAGAUGAGGGACAUAAAAAGGUCUCAAAUGUUUGUCUUAAUUAAAUUUAUAGUCUGGUUGAUGGUGUUUUUUUUAAGUUUUCUUUGGUCCUAAAAAUAUUUUUUUUUGUCUUAUCGCCUACAAGAAAAACGAAUUGGGUCACUCUUCAAAGUGAACAUCAAAUUGUUAGGAAGUUUUUCUAUCUGCAUCCUGCUGGAAAUGCCAUAUAGAAUAACUCCGACGGCCACAAGUAGCCCCCAAGCCACACUUUGGACAUGCCUGCUUCAGACCAAUAACAGUCUUUUAGUCAAAUUCACGAUGUAAAGGAUCUAAACUUGUAUAAAUCCCCCUUUUCUAAUUUUUUAGUGUAAUCUAGCUUUCCAGCAUCAUGCUGCUCAGCUUCUACUUCAGCUAGAACACCCACCAGUCUUAGACGGGUUUCCUUGAAGUUUCCCAGAAGUCUUUGGGAAAAUUGAGAAAGGUCGGAGACCGCUCAUUGUCAUUCCCGACCCGUUGUGGCUUCAGUGUGCUGGAGGGUUGUGCACAAAGGUUUUAAUGCAGAGAGGCUCUCAGGAACGGAAGCUGUUCUGAUUCUUGGCAUAAUGUGUCUGCUCUCCUCACAUGCAGGUCAUGAGGUCACAGGAAGUGAGGCGUUUCACGCUUACAUCACAUCCACAACCUCUAUAUCUAACACCCCAGACUCUUAGAAUGAAACACAGAUGGCAUGCAGACCAAAAGGAUGAUCUUGAUUUCUUUGCUUUGUCAGAGGAGUGAGCAGCGUGGUGCGCCGCUGCGUCAACAAGCGCACGUCCCAGGAAUAUGCAGUAAAAAUCAUCGAUAUCACCUCCUCUGACAAGAUGACCCCCCAGGAGAUCGAAGAGAUCAGGGAGGCCACAGUAAAGGAGAUUGACAUCCUUAAGAAAGUCUGUGGACAGGAAAACAUAAUACAGCUUAAAGACUGCUACGAGUCCAAAGCCUUCUUCUUCCUGGUUUUUGACCUGAUGAAGAAGGGAGAGCUUUUUGACUACCUCACAGAGAAAGUUACUCUUACUGAGAAGGAAACCAGGAAGAUCAUGCGUGCUUUGCUGAAGGUGGUCGAGUACCUUCAUGCCCAGAACAUUGUCCAUCGGGACCUGAAGCCUGAAAACAUCCUUUUGGAUGACAACAUGAACAUCAAGCUGACGGAUUUUGGUUUUGCUGUUCAACUCCAGCCAGGACAAACGCUUAAAGAGGUGUUCGGGACUCCUGGUUACCUCGCUCCUGAGAUCAUCGAGUGCUCCAUGGAUGCAGGACACCUGGGAUAUGGCACAGCUGUUGACAUAUGGAGUGCAGGAGUUAUCAUGUACACACUGCUCGCAGGCUCGCCACCCUUCUGGCACAGAAAACAGAUGCUGAUGCUGCGCAUGGUCCUAGCAGGGAAAUAUGACUUCUCAUCUCCAGAGUGGGAGGACUGCUCGGACACGGCCAAAGAUCUGGUCAAAGCUAUCUCUCGGAUGUUGGUGGUGAAUCCCCAGCACCGUUUCACGGCUACGGAUGCUCUAAAUCACUCGUUCUUCUCUCAGUAUGUGUUGAACGAGGUGCGACAGUUCAGCCCAUACCGGAGGUUCAAGGUUAUCUGCAUGACCGUUCUAGCCACCAUGCGUAUCUACUGCAACUACCGCCGUGCCAAACCGGUGACCACGGAGGUGAUAAAGAGCGACCCAUAUGCCGUCAAGCCCAUCCGCAAACUCAUAGACGCCUGCGCCUUCAGGAUCUAUGGCCACUGGGUCAAGAAGGGUCUAACCCAGAACAGAGCUGCACUUUUUGAGAACUCUCCAAAAGCCAUCCUGCUGUCACUUGCCACCGAGGCAGAAGAGCAGGCGCAGCAGAGCUGGUAGUCAACCUGGAGAACUUGGGACUUGCUUCCACUCUUAAUAUUUUGGGAAAAUCUGAACUGAUAAAUGAAAACUUACAUUUUUCCUUUUCUUUCUAAACUUUUGGAAAGGUGCAUUAAUGAGAUUUCUCAGAAAAGCUGCCAGGUGCUUUAAAUCUGGAAAAUGAGACAUUUUAAAAGUGAAUGAAGCUUCAGAGACAGCCUGAUCUCCACUCUGCUGUUGCACCCCUUAAGCCAUGAAUAUGUGCAAAUUUUACCAAUGAAGUGAUGUCAUCAUUACCCCCCAAAAAUGUCUAUCUAAACUUUAUCACAGAGUUCAGCAUUUGGACACAAGUUCUGAAUAUUAAACAGUAACUGCAUAUUUGAAACGACUCACUGUAACACACACCGGUGACAGCUCCAGUGAGUCUUCAGCACUUUAGUUUGUAUGCUUUGAAUAUAUUUAUUAAAAGUUUCACUCAUUCAAAACACAAGAUGUUUAUGAUGCAUCUGAUUUUAAAGGCUUUCAACUAAAAAUGAAUAUUCCAAACACAUGAAUAAUUUAAAUAAUUUAUUAAAGAAAGGAGAAUAUCACAGCACCAGGAUUCACAACAGGACAAAGAAACACUGACACAACACGCUGAGUUUUGCUUGUAAAGAAAAAGAUAAGUUACCAUGGCGCUCACAGCAUGCCCAGAAUCCUGUUUUAGAAACAAUAAAGCAAAUUUAGGAAAAGACAAUAAUUUAGUACAAAAACACAACACAGCACAUCAUUGUACUCAUUUCUCUGCAGACAGACGAAGCUAAAGAGCAGCCACCGUCCAGGCGUUUGGCAGAAAUGAGACGAGGCUUUGGCAUGGUGUCUGACUGCAUCCCGCACACAUCAGCUGGAGCAGAAUUCAGCCAUGCCUCUGAUCACCAUAGGUGUGUUAUCGUGUUAACAGAGAGGGUACAAACAUACCAUCCUGAGUGAGGCCCGUUCUCUGUCUGAAGGUUAGUUACAACGACCUGUGAGUGUGGAUUAGUCCGUAAAACUCAUGCUGCAAAACACAACAAACACCAUCAGGACAAAUGCAGCAACAGCGUAAACAAACAAGUUUAUCACUAAUAAAUGCAAAUCUGAGCUUUGUGUUGCUGUGUUCACUCUGACGUUCAGAAACAGGCCCAUGAAUGAAAGCAGAUCUUGCUUAGUCAUGUGAAAACAAUCCUUUGGCAUGGUGUCUGACUGUAUUUACUACAGGGAAAGUAACACAGAAUUCUGCCAUGCGAUCAAAAACAUGCCAUAACCGAGAAGACGAUACCGUUCAAUCCGCAACAACCUGGAGCUAAAGCCUGCUGACGGGUGAGAGAUGUUUAUAACAAUAUUAAUAUCCCGAUGUGAUCCCUGCUCCCAACACUCUCUCCAGCGCUUUAUACCCAUUCGUUUAUUGUUGUGGCCUAACCAGCCAUUUGUACCUGCUUCUCUCUCACCUCAGCACACACAGGUCAGCGUGUUCCUAGUUCCAGCUCGGGUGUGAACUCGGGCCUCCUCCUCGUGCUUCUACCUGGAAAAUAUAGGACGUUCGUCUAAUUGUUAAAUCCAGCCAUGCUCAGCUAUAGAGAGCGUUUUUAAGGUUCUGACUUUACAUGGUUUCUGUGUAACACGAAAACGACAAUAGAGUACAAUAUUUGUUUCAAUUGGUUUUGAAACACCACCAACCUUAAUCCAGCGUGGCAUCCGCAGCCUCAGCAUCUUUCUUCUUCUUGUUAUCAGCGCUCCGGUCAUUAGUCGUCGAGAACAGCUUUGUGCUCAUUAUCGCCCUCUUUUGAACAGAACAUGGAACUGCACAUCAUAAAUUUUUUCUUUUAAAAGUUUCAAACGUAUAAAACUCCUAAUUUUAAGUCAAAUCUACCCAAUGCAGAAGAAUAUGUCUUCAAACAUUUUAUUUAAUAAAAAAAUAAUUUAAAGUUUCUGAAAUUAACUUUGUAAUUGUAAUUGUUCACAUUGGCAAAGAGGAAAAAAUAAAUUAUUUUUGUUGUACUAAAUAUAUAUAUUGAUAAUAUAAUGUUAUGUUGGACUGUGCAUUUCAAAGUACAUCCUUUAAGCAUUAUUUGUUAUGUUUUUGCUGUUUUUUUCAAGAAAAAUAAAAGUUCCCUCUUGUUGAAUAA